AUGGGACUGUCUGAAAAGCCAUCCGCUGGCUGGACACACAAGGAAGCAGAGAUGCAAAUUGGCCUCCGGCCUGAUGAAUGGAGCAGGGGAUGGAAGCCUGGGGAUGGGGGUGCUGUACCGUUGCCCCUCCCCCCAGCACUGUCCUUCCUUCUUCUCUUCCCCCUGGCCAGCGCCCUCCAGCCCUCUCCACUGCCCUUUCCAGAGCUGAGGCUGGUGGGGGGCCCGAGCCGCUGCCGGGGGCGCCUGGAGGUCAUGCACAGCGGCUCCUGGGGCAGCGUUUGCGACGACGACUGGGACGUGGUGGAUGCUAACGUGGUAUGCCGUCAGCUGGGCUGCGGCCUGGCGCUGCCGGUGCCCCGGCCCCUAGCCUUCGGCCAGGGCAGAGGCCCCAUUUUCCUGGACAACGUGGAGUGCCGCGGGCAGGAGGCUUCUCUGAGCGAGUGUGGCAGCAGGGGCUGGGGCGUCCACAACUGCUUCCACUAUGAGGACGUGGCGGUGCUUUGUGACGAAUUCCUGCACACACAGCCCCCAACAAGGAAGGUGUUGGCCAGCAUACCACCCCCCACAGCCCUCCAAAAUGGGAAAGGCGAGGGCAGCGUGCGCCUGGUGGGCGGCGCCGGGCCUUGUCAAGGCCGAGUGGAGAUUCUGCAUGGCGGCCUGUGGGGCACGGUGUGCGAUGAUGACUGGGGGCUGCCGGACGCCGCCGUGGUCUGCCGCCAGCUCGGGUGCGGGGCCGCGUUAGCCGCCACCACUAACGCCUUUUUCGGCUAUGGAACCGGGCAUAUCCUGCUGGACAACGUUCACUGCGAAGGUGGUGAGCCCCACCUGGCAGCCUGCCAGAGCCUGGGCUGGGGCGUGCACAACUGUGGACACCACGAGGAUGCUGGGGCGCUCUGUGCAGUUCUGAACCCUCCAACUUUCACAGCCCUGCCUCCCUCUGUCACUCAAGAAGACUGGGUGUGGCACACUGAGCCAGGAGCUACAGGAGUCGGUGCCCUGCCUUCCAGAGAUACCGUGAAGGUCACCACAGCAGCCUGGGCCUCCGGGAAGAAAAGCGGUAGGCUGCGGCUGGUGGGCGGCCCGAGCCCGUGCCGCGGCCGCGUGGAGGUGCUGUACGCCGGGGGCUGGGGCACCGUGUGCGACGACGACUGGGACUUCGCGGACGCGCGCGUGGCCUGUCGCGAGGCGGGCUGCGGGCCCGCGCUCGGCGCCACGGGCCUCGGUCAUUUUGGUUAUGGCCGAGGCCCUGUGCUGCUGGACAACGUAGGCUGCACCGGUACCGAGGCCCGCCUCAGCGACUGCUUCCACCUGGGCUGGGGCCAGCACAACUGCGGCCAUCACGAAGACGCGGGAGCGCUGUGCGCAGGCCCAGAGGAGCUGGGACUCCAGGUCCAGCAGGUUGGUUCUGAGACCACCCGAAUGCCCAGCCCUUGGCCCAGAGAUGGGCACCUCCGCCUGGUUAGUGGAACCCACCGAUGUGAAGGGCGUGUAGAGCUUUUCCUAGGACAGCGGUGGGGCACUGUUUGCGAUGAUGCCUGGGACCUACGGGCAGCCAUUGUCCUGUGCCGUCAGCUGGGAUGUGGCCAGGCUCUGGAAGCCCCUGGCGAGGCCCACUUUGGUCCAGGCCAAGGCCCCAUCCUCUUGGACAAUGUCAAAUGCCGAGGAGAUGAGAGCACCUUGUUACUGUGCUCUCAUAUCCGCUGGGAUGUCCACAACUGUGACCACAGUGAGGAUGCCAGUGUCCUGUGCCAGCCAUUGUGACUCAGCUGGCUCUGCUCCCGAAUCGAAUCGUCUCCUAUGAGGAACUGCCCCUCCUUGUCUGGGAUGCCCUCCUUGAUUUUCUGCAGUUCCUGGUGCCCCUUUCUCUCCUUGCAUGGGGGACGCUGCAUUACAGUGCCUGCCCCCCUCUUACUGCGUGACCUCAGGCUGUUGUCACCUGCUGGAGGCCCAGGACAGUGAACAUAGCAAUGUUUUGCUCAGCCAAAACAGAAAAUGUGGAAGAAUGCCUCACUUCUCUUUGGGGGAACUCUUACAUAGUACCCCCUGACCUUUCCUCUCUCCACCCAUAUCCAUGAGGCUUGGGCUCUCUGUAAAUGCCUUCAAACCCCUCCAAUGACCUAUCUUGAUCUUCCCCCAAAAGAAGGGAGGCAGAAGGGGUAUUCUUUUUCUAUAGAGUGGCAGGGGACUGCAGAAGGUCCUAGGCUAUCACCCUCCCUGCUGGGUGACGACCUGGACUCAGAUGGUGCUCAGCUGAACAAGGGGGCUGCAGGGGUCAAAGCAGGGACAGGAGGAGCCCUUCCUGUGGCAUCUCUGGUUUCCAAUGUCCCUGGGCACAGAGCCUCCACUUUGCAGUAGCAAAGAAACCUGGAGCCACUAUUCAUAGGUGCCAAGUCAAUAAAGCAUUAUCUCCUGGUCUUUUAACUGAGGUCAUUGUCUGAGAACCUGUACCAUAGCAGCUGGAAAGACUCCAAGAAGGACUUUCUGGAGAAAACCAGCAUAGAAGUGAAAGGCUGUGGUCCAGGAGCGUCAUCCAGUUCUCCACAUUCUCUACAUCAUAGCCCGGAAAUGCUGAAUCACCAUGGCAAGUCUCAGGCCCCUAGAGGAGCUUCUGGUCCUCUUCUCCAUUCUAUUCCACACCCACAAAUCUAGAUCCAGGAAAAGAAAGGAAGUCCAGCGUGCUGUGCUGGUGCAUGUCUGUGGUCCCUGUACUGGGAGAGAGGGGGCUGAGGAAGGAAGAAUGCUGUGAGUUCCAGACCAGCCAUAGCUGCACUGUGAGAGAACCUGACUGAACAAGCUCAGAAAAUAAAAUGAC